CUUGCUUAGACCGCCCUUUCAGUUACAAAACCGCGUUCACCUUCAUCUCUGCACCCAAACUGCUCUAUAUUUCAACUCAUCACCAUAUUAAAGCAACUGACAAGUUCCGCAACACAUUAAUCUUUGCAUAUCGCUUAUUGUCAGAAUGAUUGGCCGUAACACAGAAGUGGACGAAUUCCGCGCUCUCGUCAAAGCCAUUAAUGAGAAACUGGGGCCCAGCAGCGGCAUUGAUUCUGCGGAUGUAGACGAGAAAGAGCUUCAACAGCUCAUGGAGGCCUACGUUUCCAACGAGUCAGAAUGGAAGAGAUAUUAUUUCGCCUCAGACAAAGUUCCCUACACACGCAACCUGGUAGACAAGGGUAACGGCAAGAGCAAUCUGCUUAUCCUAGUAUGGGGCCCCGGUAAGAAGAGUCCGAUUCACGACCACGCCAACGCACACUGCAUCAUGAAGGUUCUCAAGGGCCGCCUGACCGAAACCCGUUUCGCCACUCCUACAGAUGAAGAUGUGAAAAAUCAUCGACCCAUGAAAAAGACUCGUGAGACUACGUACUCGGAGAACCAGGUCACGUAUAUGGCGGAUAAUCUGGGUACACACCGCAUUUCCAACCCUGAUCCGACUGAUUACGCCGUUUCUCUACAUUUGUAUACACCGCCUAAUGCGGCUACAUUCGGAUGUAACGUCUUCAAGGAAGACACAUCUGAUGUCAUUCAUAACAAGCAGUGCCACUUCUUUUCCGAGUACGGCGUCAAGAUGAGCAGGGACUGAGGUGCGGAUACAUUGAUGCCAACUUGGAGUUACAGAGGGUUUAUUCCAGAGAUACAGAUUGAUUAGCAUUCGUUUCAACGACUUCUUCUUUAUAGAUUGCACGGGAUUACUUGGUCAAGGGAGUUCUUCGAGCGUUUAGUAAUGAUAACGAAUUCUUUAUUGCAUAUUACACCUACCGAUAACUUUGCUAAACGAAUUGGAUUGUAGAAAGAACUAUUCUGCCUUAUAGGGACAUAUGGAAUCUGCCUAUAGACUAUUUUUAUUUAAUUUAUAUCAAGGU